AUGCCCCACAAAUUCUCUGGCACCAUUUACUUCCUCGACCUUGAUCCUUGGUCAGAAAAGAGGAGUUUUGUGACCGGAUUAUCCAACUGGAGAUCCCUUUGGAAAAAUAGCUCGAGAGACACCCUCCCUCCUCACGUCGAGAAGAUUCCCGUCAACUCAAUCGUGCUUGCUGCGAAGAGCCGUGUGCUGCGCACCAUGAUGUCCAACGGGAUGAGAGAGUCCGACAAAGACACGCCACUGAUCGUAAAGGUAACAAACAAAGAAAGCCAGGCUUUCAAGGAGAUGCUCUGCUUCCUGUACUGCGGCACACUUUCGCCUAGCGUGCAAGAGCCCACAACGCCCGUAUGCGACCUCGUAAAUCUUCUUCUUAUUUCCGACAAGUUUGGAGUGCCGUCACUAAUGGGCGCCGUUGUAACGCUUCUCGGCAAUCGGGACCACGCCGUUUCCGCGAGCGCCGAGCUGCAACUCGCCUCAUCCGGGACAGUGUCCGGGCUUCAAGCAAGCUGCUGACGUGGCACGGGCUCACAUUGCUGAGGACCUCCGGACGGCUUACGCUUUGGAGGAAUUGGAGUGGAGUCCGGAAACGGCUGCGGAGCUGCUGCAGUUGUUUCAACGGCAUGAAUACGAUGCCCGUGACCUGAACAGAGCAAACAUGAACGCAGAUAACCGGGACAAUUUCCUUGGAAGAAUCACGUCACGGCCCCGAGCGGCUUUUUGUGUAGCUUUGGCUUUGUUGCCAUCAGUUCGGCACUGACUUAUACGCAUUCCGAACGCGUUAGUAGUGGGCUUAUCAGCGGCCACUCUUCUAGCCCUGCGGUACGACUCUAGGGUAAGUAGGGCAAAGGCAAGAGAAACAGGGGAGAGGGCGCUGUACAGAAAACUUUGUGGGAAGGUCCUUAAGGCAAUUGCCGGGAGACCAGGAGCACACCCUCCGAGUGAAAUUGAACUAGCCGCUCGAUAUUCUCCUUUCUUCUUGGAUGAGAAAAUGAAGCGCCCGGUGGUGUCUGGGGGAAGUUUGAUCCGCCGGAACUUUUGAAAGAUGGCAAGAUACGUACGUGAAUAGAUAAGAUGCUGGCCGGCGCGGGGAUCAGCGGGUUUUUCAAGUUGGGCAGCCAAGCAAUCAAUUUGCCAGAGCCAAUUCUGCUGCUACUUUGAUUGCUCAGUGAAUCCUGCACGAGCACGCAUCAAGAUAGCUGUCCUUUUUGGUGAGGACGGUGUAAGUGAUUCUGGAGUGCGUAGCACAUCCAAUCGAACCGGCGAUGUACAUAGAAAUCGUGCACGAUUUACCGAGUGACCACGUACUAACCCUAGUAAGCAUAUUUAAGAUGCAUGAUCUCUACGGUGC